UUUCUAAAUCAAACAGUUAAUUUGUUGCGCAAAAAAUAAAAAAAAUGGGCAGCAAAACGAAGAGAAAGUAUAGAGAAGACACGCCCACAUCAUCCUCGUACUCCGAUGAAGAUGAAUCAUCGGAUACCUCCGGCGACAGACGCCGCCGGAACCGUAAAUCCAGGAAAAGUAGCGAUAGCAGCUCAAGGAGAGAGAAAGAGAAAAAGAGAGAAAAAAGAAGAAAAAGAAAAGAAAGAAGAGAAAAAGAUAGAAAAUCAAGAAACAAGAGAAAGUACUACGAUUCAGAAUCUGGGUCGGGUUCUGAUUCGGGUUCUGAAUCUGAUACAGCUAAACCGGAAGAUGUAGUUAAAGACAUGCUAAAGGAGUUUCCAAAUGUUGGAAGUGAUUUAAAGCAGUUAUUAGAAAUGAUUGAUGAUGGUCAAGCUGUUGAUAUUAAGGGUAUAUCUGAAAGGUCUUUAAAGAAGCAUUUGAAGAAGCUUUUUGUUUCUUUGAAUCUUAAAGAUAAUGGGGAUAGAGUGUUUUUGUUGCCUUCAAAUCAUAGUCCUACGUUGGAUGUUGUUGCCCAUUUGAUCAACACUGCCCGUUUAGAACCUAACAAGGAGCAACAACAACAACAGCUUCAUGAUGUAAAUUCAGUGCCAACUGCUGCUGAGAGUUUACCAAUACCUGAUGAUACUAACAAGAACUUGACUAGUCCUUCCCCGCGUGAUGAUGCUCCUGGGCCGAAAAGAAGGAUGAUGGGCCCUGAAAUGCCAUCAGCUGAGCUACUUGCUGCGGCUGCUAAAUUAACAGAGGCACAAGCUGAGUUAAAGGAAAUUGAGUUGGAGGAAGAUACUGAAGUGUUUAUAGGACCUCCCCCACCUGCUAUGGUUGCUGAAGCUGAAUCAGCAAAUGAAGCAGAGCGCUUUGAAGAGGUAACCAGAAUAAUGGCCGUUGAAGGUGAUUCUCCAUAUGACAUUGUCGGAGUGAACCACAAAAUGACAGCUGAGAAUAUAAAGAAGAGGUAUUGGAAGAUGUCCCUUUUGGUACAUCCUGACAAAUGUUCUCAUCCUCAAGCAAACCAAGCAUUUAUCAGAUUGAAUAAAGCAUUUAAAGACUUACAAGAUCCAGAUAAACGGAAAUUGCUAGAUGAUCUAAUUAAACAAAAGGAGGAACAAGAAGCAUUUAAGGUUGAGUUGAAAGCUAUGCGAGAAGCUGCUCAAUGGAGAAGAAUACAAGGCAUUUGUAUGGAGGGUGAUGAUGAGCUCCUGGCUGACAUGGAAGUUAAAGUAGCCCCACAAAGAGAUGAAUGGAUGACUACAUUGCCUCCUGAAAGGAAACCUGGUGUGACAAUGCACUCAACAAAACAAUUCAGCAACAACGCUAGAGAAGGACGCGGUGACACAAGUGUUUGGACGGAUACCCCUGCAGGCAGAGCCGAAAAGGCAAAGAUGAAUUACUUGGAAGCAUAUAAUGAGGCUGCAGCACUUGCUUCAAAUGAGGAGGAAAAGAAAAUGAUGGCUGCAGAUGCAGACUUGGUAGAUGAAUACAAUAAGGCAAAACGUUCAAAAUCGUUAGUACAAAAGCAUCGGGAAGAGACUUCGAGCCAGUCGAAAAAAACGAAAAAGAAACCCAAAGAAAAAGAAGAGUGGGUAGAGAAACACCCGUGGAAGCCAUGGGAUCGCGAGAAGGACCUUGUUGGCGGAAGGCAAAAUAUAAAAUUUGACGCAGACAACAUGGUUCAGGGUUUGUCUUCAAGGUUUUCAUCAGCAAACUUUCAGAGGAACUUCCUUUAGGUAAACGCUUGUUAAAUUUGUCGUGUCACAUGUUGGCUUAUGUAUUUUUGAGUUGUCUUUAGAUUAUUAAUAAACUUGAAAGAAGGUUAAAUUCAUGUAAUGGAUGUCAAUUUGCAAAUUAUUACCAAGCUUUUUGUAUAAAAUUAAUACAAUGGAGAAAAGAUCAAUUAAAUUUGUAGAAAUUAUUUUGUUGAGAUAA